AGACAUUCUUCGUAUAGUCGUAUAUAUAUCUAUCUACCUUGUUGCUCUUCUUUUCUAUACCUCACAAUUUGUUUAUUAAGACAUUCGUGAAAAACAUACUAUUUGGUAGCCUUUUUUAAUUAUCGUCACAAUGAGUCUUAAAAGCAGAGUUACCUCAACAUCUUCACACAAUCUUCAUCAUUCGGAAGAAAGAGUCCCUCUCCGAUCAGAUUCAGACCAGUCAUGUCUGAAUUCAAGUCCAGAGUUCGACUUUUGUCUCCGUCAGAACUCAAAACAACGGUUUUCUCACGCCGACGAGCUCUUCUCGUACUGGAAAAACCUUUCCCACACGGCCACCGACACUAUUUCGAAGAAGACCGAGAUUACUUCUCCGAGAAGCAAUCUUCAAACCCUAGCUGCGAAAUCCGACACAAGAGAUUCUGAUUCAGAUGAUCCAAGUUUUGGGUGUGGUUUUUGGCUUGUAAGAAGCAAAUCUGUUGGGUACUCAAUGAGAAACAAGAAAACAAAUUCUUCUUCGGAAUAUCAACGGAGCAAUAGUGAUCCACAUAAAAAGAAGAAGAAGAAGAGUUUGCAGAAAAUGAAUUCUACAGAGAUUAGAGCUUCAAGAUCCAUGAAUAGUCCGGCGUUGAAUGUCCCAUUGGCUGAUAUAUUUUGCUUAGGCCCUGUUUUUUCCGGUAGCCGUGAUCGUAGAAAAUGAAGUGUGCUCUUAUCUUAUAACCAUGAUCCUGACCUAGUUUCUGGAACAUGUGAAGAGUUAGGUGUAUGAUUGGUUUAAGCUAAGCUAGAAAUUUGGAGAAAGGAAAAAUGAGAAUCUUAAUUCGGAUCGUCAUACUCAAACAUAACUAAGAAUCUAAUUCGAGUUUUUUCAUGUUAUUGAUUUGUUUGUACAUUGAUGUAACAUAUACGUUGGUUGUACGUAAUAUAGAAAUGUAAUUUUCACAUUUCAUAGAAAGAAAUAGACUGUACUAUUUUG